GGCCAACAACUUAUCUAUCUCACGUCAUGUCGGCAGUGAGAUACUUCGAUGACAUUCCCCACAUCGUCCGUUUUGGUAUGCAUGAUGAAAAAGACGAGCGUUGCUGGAUACUCUUUUGGCGAAAUGGCACUAAAUUUAGCAUCUCCGUGGACAAGGAAGAUGUGCAUGGCACAACCUUUUACCUUAUCUGGCGGCCCCUACUGCGAGAGGAACUGCAGCCAGGUGAAAAAAUGAUAGAGCAUCGGCAAAAUCAGUGGCAUUCUCUCUGCGAUCUUAUAAUAUCUCAUUCCAUGGCUACACUGCAAAGACUAGCGCCAGACAAGGCUUACUGGAUUACCCUGAAGGAUUACUUGCAUUCGCCGGGUUAUGCUUUGAAACUCGUCACCGACAGAGAGUCCAAUAAUGUCUAUGCGGAAGUCACCGAAGAGCUAGAAGAAGAAGGAGCAUACGAAUUCCAACCUCUACCCGCUGAGGCAUUUCGAAACAUGCCAAAAGAAACUCGGCAUUAUGCCAGCAGCGACCUAAUUGUACUUGAGAAAGAGACAAAUUGGAAGGCCCCUCCACAGAAAGUCUGUACAUCUGAUGGUGAUAUCUGCUUCUUUAAAGCUUGCAAACGAAGUUCUACCGAUAUUACAACUGGCGAAGUUAUUAAUAAGACUCUGGACAGUAUAGAGGUCUAUUUGAAAUUGUUCAAAUACUCGCUAGGGUCAGGUGAUCCAUACAUUACUAGAAGGUCAACAGUGUUCGGCAUUGUUACAGAUACGUCUGCCAGACCCUCUGGAUCUACGUCGGCGGGUCAAAAACCGCCCAAGCAUGCAGCGCAGACAUCUCAGCAUGAUGUGGGGAUGACUGAGACUCUAAUAGCUGGUAUUCUCCUCUCGCCGAUUCUCCACAGCCAGACUUUGGCAAAUGUCAUGGAGCAGUCCGAGAGUACGACAGUGGACACCAUCAUCGAGCAAAGUCGGCGUUGGAAAGCUCAAAUCGAAGAAGAAAUCGCGCUGUUUCAUUCUGCUGGAAUUUACUGGGGCGGACGAGACGAUUGGUUCUAUAUUAAUCAACAUACGAUUUUGAUAGACGCCGAAGGUAUAGCAUCACUGGAUUUGGAUACGGCCACCUCGAAUGAUGGCCCGAUGAUCGAAGGUUUGGACACGAGAGGCUUCACGAUGGACACUGAGGCGGUUGAGACAUUAUUUGAGGAGUGGCUACCAACAGAGGUAUCGAAACGAAGGUGAAGAUAUGAGGUAACCCAAAUUAACCUAGACGGUCAUGUAUAGCUUCUACGGAUAUGGAAAAAUGGCACUGAGACAAGCAGUACUCUCCCUUUCCAAGGCAUCGGACACCAUGCGAAGGGCUCACUUAGGAAUGAAUUUUAUUUUGCAAUAUCCUUCUGCCCUCCAUAGAUCAAAGCAUUUGCCGUGUUAGAAAGAAUACGAUAGUAAAUUCAAGACGUAAUUUACUUUCGCUUCCAACGAUGCCAAGAUCAGUUAACUCGAUGACAUUUUUAUUUAUUAUCACAAGAUAUUGCAGUUGACUAGCCUUCAUCUUUAUAUUGAUCUCUGCAUAAGUAUGGUACUUCAUAGGAUACAUGAAGGAG